AUGGAAACUUGGAUCACUGCUGCUCUAAGCGCUGAUGUCCAGAGGCUUCGUAGUUCAUAUGCUGGGGUCUUGGUAUUUCCUCGUUGGUUUUUCACAUCUAAUUCUUUGAUGAAAUUAGAACUCAAACUCUGCAAGAUCAAAAUUCUGAUGAAUAUAUCUUACUCAAACCUUCGUAUCUUGGGUUUCCAUGAUGUUGAAUUUCAGAAUGAUGACCCUUCUAGCCCCCUAUUUCUUACCUUCCCUGUCAUUGAAGAGUUUCUGUCAUUGGAUUGCAAAUGGAGGAAUGUGAAGAAGCUUAAAAUAGAGGCGCCAAGGCUUGCUAGGUUUGAGAUGACAGGCUGCAUCUUUGAACAUGCAAAUGAUGGAUCAAAUGAUUGCAAAAUAGAGAUUCGUGGGAGUAACCGUGCAAAAUUCAAAUGUAGUGUUGAUAUAUUUGCCAGUUUCUAUUUUUCUAGCCAAUCAAAACUUGUUGAUGCAUCUCUGGAGUAUUGGAAACCUGACAUGAAUGAUGAUAUUAACCAAAGAAGCAAGACAGGUUUUCAAGCCUGUAUGAUCUUGACACGGUCCUCUGCUUUCAUCAGAUUCCUAGAACUAUCUACUGAUCUGAUCCAGGUGCUUGCUGAUGCGAAUCCACGAUGUCCUUCUAAUUUCUUUAGGCUUGCCCGCCUCAAAGUGUAUUCAGCUAGCAUUGCAAUUCAGUGUGAUGCAGCGCUGAUAAACUUCAUGAAAAUGGCACCAGGUCUUGAAUCACUUACAUUUACAGGGGGAUUUUCGAGGCAAGCUGCUGGUGACUACGAUCAAAUUCAAUUGUUGCCUGGAUAUCUAUCUUUCCUCGAGGUAGUCAAACUGGAAUAUUCCUGCUCUCCUAAGCCAACGGAGAGUACUUUGGUGAAAUUUAUUCUGCGGGAUGCUGUAAAGCUUAAGGAGCUGUUGAUUUAUUCACAACAUGAGGGCCAUAAGGUGGAUGAAGUUAGAGAUCAUCUCUUCAAAUGUUCUAGAGGCUCAAGAAAUGUGUCGAUACUGUCCCUUUGA